AAGUGGAAAAUGUUUCUUAACUUCAGAGAUAUUCACAAUGAAGAGUGUUGAUCGAAAUGAUAUUAAUACUGUAGCUUUCAUAAAAGUCCAGAAUGUUACAUCACGUCAUUCUUCUCAUCAAGUUGCAACAAUUGUAGGCUCUACGAUUGGAAGUUGUGUGCUUCUGCUUGUUGUGGUCAUAGGGUUUAUUACGUAUGUAGUCCUAAAGCGAAAAAGGGAUGCUGAAAUGCAGGAAGAGUAUUUAGAUCAAGUUCCAGGAAUGCCAACACGGUUUUCUUAUGAAGAGUUAAAAACUGCCACUGAUAAUUUUUGUAAAAAACUUGGUGAAGGAGGAUUUGGGUCGGUUUUUGAAGGGAAUCUAAAAGAUGGCACAAAGAUUGCAGUAAAACGCCUUGAAGGUCUUUCACACAUUAAGAGAUCAUUCCUAGCUGAGGUUCAAUCCAUUGGCAGCAUUCACCAUGUGAAUCUGGUUCGACUUAGAGGAUUCUGUACUUGGAAAUCCCAAAGUUUUUUAGUGUAUGAGUUCAUGAGCAAUGGGUCAUUGGAUCGGUGGAUCUACCAUGGAGUUCGGGAGCAAAUACUUGAAUGGGAAUGCAGAAAGAAAAUCAUUCUUGAUAUAGCCAAAGGUUUAGCAUAUCUCCAUGAAGAUUGUAGGCAAAAAAUCAUCCACCUGGACAUUAAACCUCAAAACAUACUACUAGACGAUCAUUUCAAUGCCAAAGUAUCUGAUUUUGGGCUAUCUAAGCUCAUUGAUAGAAAUCAAACCCAAGUGAUGACCACGAUGAGAGGAACCCCUGGGUAUCUAGCUCCAGAAUGGCUUAGCUCAGUUAUUACUGAAAAGGUGGAUGUGUACAGCUUUGGAAUCGUUCUCUUAGAGAUCUUGUGUGGAAGAAAGAAUUUUGACCGUUCUCAGCCAGAAGAAAGCUGGCACUUACUUCGUGUUUUUCAAAAAUGUUCGGAGCAAGAAACGUUGUUAGACAUGGUUGACAUAAACAAUGAAGAUAUGCAAAAAAAUGGUACAGAGGUCAUGAAAACGAUGAAGAUGGCUUCCUGGUGUUUACAGACCGAUUAUACGCGAAGGCCUUCAAUGUCAUUAGUGGUUAUGGUGAUAGAAGGAGCAAUGAACAUUGAAUCAAACUUGGAUUAUAACUUCACAGAUCCUCGACUACAAAAAAACAAUAGUCAGGAGAAAGAUUUAACAUCAUUACUGCCUUUUGUUCUAUCUGGGCCAAGGUGAGUUGAUCAUUUCUAUGUUUCUGUAUAUUUGUAGACGAAUUGGUCUUCAAUGAGUUUACUCAAUCUAAUUUGCAUUUAUGCUUGUAGUGUAUUACAUUUGGUGUGAGUACAAAUGAAAUGGUUGUAAUAAAGUCAAAUUAUUAUGGUUUUA